GCUCCCGGCAGUGAAUUCCAUGGAAGGUGGAUGGGCUGUGAGGGCGCAGGAGGGCAGCGCGGGUGGUUUCCCGGGCGUGCUCCCCCGGCAGCCGGCGUUCCCGAGCCCCGGCCCUGCCGCGGCUCAGCCGAUGCACAUCGAGCUCGGUUCGAGGGGCUGAACGCGGCUCUUUCUGACUCUUCUGCUAUUUCUUCAAUUUUUUUUCUUAAAAGAAAGAAACUUUGUAUUCCCGUUAUUUAUAGUAGACUCCAGCAUUACCGUAUUCAACAGCAUUUCCUGAAUUUGAGUUUUGGUGCCCAUCUCAAUCCCCAAGGGAAGGCUCUGGGGCCUCGGCGCACAGGCGGGAGCGACGGGCAGCGCUGCCCGCGGGCCGCCCCUGAGGGGCGCGUCUGGCGCAGCCUGCGGCCCGGGCUGGGGCUGCGCCGCCUCUCCGCUGCCAUCGCCGCCUCCCUCCCGCAGCUCAGACCCGCCCGGCGCUCCCUCCUCACGCCGGGUCUGUCUGUCGGUCUGUCGGUGUGUCGGUGUGUGUGCUCGGGGCGGCCCCCGCGGCGGGCGGGGACGGUGGCUGUGAGGGAUGGAGCGGGCCGGGAUGAGAUCCAUCGCUGCGUGCUGCCUGCUGCCGCUGCUCGCCGCCCUGGCCGGGGGCUCCGGACAGGGCUAUGAAGAACUGGAGAGGCAGCUGAAAGAAGUCUUUAAGGAAAGGAGCACCAUUCUUCAGGAGCUGUUAAAGACCUCUAAGGAACUUCAGGGAAUUAAAGUGAACCUCCAGUCUUUAAAAAAUGAUGAAGCAUCAACCAAAAAUGAUGUGCAGAAACUUCUGGAACUGGGCCAAAACCAAAGGGAGAUGAAAUCUCUCCAGGAAGCCUUUCAGAAGCAGCUCAAUGAGGCAGCUGAGAAAGCAGAGAAGCAGCAGGCCACCAUUAACUUUUUGAAGACUGAAAUGGAAAGGAAGAGCAGAAUCAUCCGAGACCUCCAAAACGAGAACAAAAGCCUCAAAAACAAGCUCUUGUCAGGAAACAAGCUUUGUGGUAUUCACGCAGAGGAGUCAAAAAAGAUCCAGGCCCAGCUGAAAGAGCUCCGUUAUGGGAAGAAGGAUUUGAUUUUUAAGGCACAACAGCUAACAGAUCUGGAGCAAAAACUCUCAGCUGCAAAAGACAAACUGGAAAAUGCAGCCCUUGACAAACAGUCCCAGCUGAAGGCUCUCAAGGAGACUGUGCAGCUGUGCCUGUCCUCGGUGCUGCGCCCGCAGCCUCCCCCGGUGGCUCCAGGCUCUCCAGACCCCGCCGAGGAGCGGAGUGCCCCGGGCACAAAGGGCUCCAGAGCUCCACUGCAGGGGACAGGAGCCAAGGUCUGGCAAAAUGUCUCAGCAGAGAAAGAGAAUUUUCACGUGGCCUUGAAAAAGGAAGAAAAUGAAAGCACCCAGGAGUGUGAUUCUCAGGAUGUUGCCAAGACGUGUUUGGGGAAUGGUGAUGCUUCCCUGUCUGGUGUGAAGGCAGCAGGAGCAGAGGGCAGCUCCCAGAAGUUGCACAGCCCUCCAUGGACUAAACCUGAAGAUAAAAAAUCCCCUGAAAAGAAACAGAAGAAAUACAAAGAAUCAGUUAGCACACAAGGAAAAAACCUCUAACUGCUGCCAACCUACCCUGAGACAGGCCAGUGGCUUCCACCCUCAGUCCUGUCAGCACAAAGGCACCAAACGUCCAGGUUUCUACAGCAUGCAUUUUCACUCUUUAUGAAUGUCUGUAAGUUAGUCUAGAGCAGGCCAAUUAGUACCUUACAGCAAUAAUCCACAAUGGUUGUUUGAGGAAAUGCUUUGUAAUGCAGCCCAGUUUUUGAACUCUUGUUCCACCUGACCAGUAAUUGUAUACUAUAAAUGACCUUCUUUGUACACAGCAGUCCUUCUCCAGUAUUUUCUCAGCCUGUUUUAUUUCAUGUAACUUUGUGGCAGGUCAGGUUUUAGGAUUAAGGGGCAGUCAGUGUGUGGGGGGAAAUAUCUGUGUAACCAUAUUUGAAGUACAAUCCUUGAGUGCAGCUGUAAAAAGAGAACUCUGCAUGGGGUCCAUGUAUACUCACCUGUCAGUAACUCCAUUGCAAAUCUACGUACUGACACAAUAAAAGAAGUUGAUUUUGUUCUUUUUCUCUCA